UGUUACUGUUCUCUAUUUCAUGCGUUUGUUUAGUAGUUUUUUGUUCUUCAGUUGGUCACAAUCUGAAGUUUUUUCGUAUUCUUUUUCUUGUUUUCUCUUGGAUCUCAUUUAUAAUUUAGAUUAAAUGUUACAAAUUUAAAAGCAUAAGUGAUGAUGUGAUAGUUUUAAAUAUUAUCAGAUUUACGAAAUAAAAUCUUAACUGUCAAAUCGAUUCUAUAUAAUAUAAUACUCUUUAAGUGAUGGAAAAAGGUGGGGGGAAAAAGAUUAAUUUUGGCUUGAUUUGGAAAUUCUUUCAUAGAAUAAUGGGUGUGUUUUUAUUUUCUUUGCUUGGCCAGAUUAGGUGAUGUUUGCUAUUUGUUACUUUUGUGGAUUUCACUGUAUACUUACAAUUAUAUUUUAAUUUGGAACGUGCCUCACAGCCAGAAAAAGUUAAUGUUGGUUUGAUCAUAUAAUGCUUUUGGAAUGGAGGCAAUAUAAUUUAGUUUGUAUAUGCUCCUGACCAAACAUUUUCAUAUUUUGAAUGUGUGGUUGUGGAACUAACCAAGAGAGACUUCAGAAAAACAUUUCUUAUGAUUUAGCUUUAAAGAGACAGUGGAAUCAAUGUAUACUCUGUUUGCUCUUAAAACUCACGAUGAAGCAAGGUAAAAGUAUAAUAGCAAAGAGGAUUGGUGCAGCGAGGAUCAAACGGUAUGAAGGAGUGGCUGGGAAGAACUCAGGCACUGAGGUAAUGGGAUCUUGGCAGAAACCAAAUUCAGAAAAUCACACAUGGAACAUGAAACAAGAAACUUCAGCUAUGAAUAGCAAGGUUGCACGCUGUAGCAUACCCAACAAUGACAGGGGUUCAGUUUUCCCGGAACAAAGAGUGGAACCUUGUCAUCUAAGUUCAUCUCUUUAUUAUGGUGGGCAAGACGUCUACUCCCAGUACCCGAGUACCCAAAACUCUGAAUCAUUCCCUCUAUUCAAGGCAGAUGGGGGAGAAGAUGAUCUGAAUGGAAACAAUGCAAACAGUGCAUCUCGAGGAAAUUGGUGGCAAGGUUCACUUUAUUAUUAGGGCCUCGCCUUCCUAGGCAUAUGAAAUUUCCAUCUAUUUUCAAGGAAUUCACGGAGCCUUUGUAAUAAGCAUGGCAGAUUUGCAAAAUAAAUAAGUAGCCUGUAGACAAAGCUUAUAAGCGACUAGUUAUGGCUGCUCUCUCAGUUUAAUUGUACAAAGCCUUUGUGGUGACUAUCACAUCAUAUCUGUUUCAAUGGAGAACCAGAACAGAUGGUUGAUAGAUUCUAUAAAAGUUGUCCAGGUUCUCUCUUGGGCUAAGUUUUCAUAUGCGGUCGAACAAUGUUAUGUGCUCUUUUUAAACCUGUAAUUGAUAUAAUAGAUGGAUAGAAGGGCGUCAAGUAGUUUGAGAUA